CCCGAACUCCCGCAAACCAAAAGCCCACCCACCGAUUCUCCUCCGAACUUUCUACUAUAACCAUGUCUUCUAUUCACAACGUCGCCAUCAUCGGAGCAGGCCUCUCAGGUCUCACGCUCGCCCUUGCACUGCACAAGCAGUCCAUUCCCUGCACCAUAUACGAGGCACGAUCCGCUCCCCUCGACAUCGGCGGAGCCAUCAUGCUUUCUCCAAACGCCCUUCGCAUCCUCGACACGCUGGGCAUCUACGACCGGAUCCGCGCUGACGGAUACGAUUUCGACGAGCUGCAUUUCCGCUCUGUCAGCAACGAACCUGUCGACGUGUAUGAAUUCGGCGGCACAGAAAAAUACGGAUACCGCGGCAUGCGCAUCUACCGGCACAUCCUCAUCUCGCAGCUCUCAGCCCUAGUCCAAGAAUUCAACAUCCCUAUUCAAUACAACAGAAAAUUACAGGAGAUUGUCUCGGAGACACCCACCUCCGUUACUUGGUCAUUCGCCGACGGAACCACCGAGACCGUAACCUGUCUCGUCGGAGCGGACGGUAUCCACUCGCGCGUUCGCAAGUACCUCUAUCCCGACCUGGAGCCGCUAUUCACCAGCAUGAUGGGCGUGACUGCUGCCGUAUCGACGGCCAAUCUACAAGUCCCUGACGGGUACCAGCUACCGGUGACGAUCAUGAACCCUCAGCACGGGGCCUUCGUCAUCGCGCCCCAGAAGAAAGACGGCUCGGAGGUGCUGAUUGGGCGACAGAAGCGUGCGCCGGAGCUAGAUCGGGCUGGCUGGAACGCACUGAUGAACGAUACAGACUGGUGCGUGGACUUCCUCCGUGAAGCUGCGGAUGAGUUCCCGGAAAUCGUGCAGAAUGCCGUCUCGGAUAUUUCGCCCUCCAAGAUCAAUCUAUGGCCGUUCUACGUGGUGCCGAAGCUGGAAAGGUGGAAUUCUGAACAUUCGCGGGUGGUUAUACUGGGUGAUGCGGCGCAUGCUAUCCCGCCGACUUCUGGGCAGGGUGUUAAUCAGGCUUUUGAAGAUGUGUAUACGUAUUCGUUGAUCUUGGCUAAGUUAGACGAGUCGUCACUUGAUAAGACGCUGAAGGCCUGGCAGCGAGGUCGGCAGGAGAGAGUCGACAAGAUACUGGAACUCAAUGGGCAGAUUGACAAGCGAAGAAUGCCGACGCAGGGAGUCCUGGAUAAAGUGGAAACUGGCGGGAAGUUCGAUUUGGGCUGGUUGUAUAAAGCUGACUUUGAGGCGAUGGUUAAGGAAUGGCUCCAUAAGGAUACUUGCUAAGCAUUUUGGAAAAUGACACUAGCAUAUAGCGC